AUGGCAGCUCGAGCUCUCCAUUUCGUCUGCCUUGCAGGCAUUGCUACCGCUCUUGUCGAUAGGAGUUCCCUUAUCUUGACCCACACUAUCAAUGGCGUAGAUCAGGCCUUCCAACUUGGCAACAAGAGCUACUUGGCAACAUCCGGCUCACCACUCGCUGUCGCAGCCGCAAAUCCCAAGGCAACCACCUCUCCGGGAACCCAUAUCGUCGCAAUUAGCCCAGUAAUCACUGGGAAGUACCUCCAAGAUACGAUUGCUCGGUACCUAGCCGAAGACGAUGUAUUCUCUGAGGACUUCCUUGAGACACUCAUUCUGAGUUCUAACUGCUCUUCAAAGCUUGAUGAAGCCGCAACAGCUUUCGUGGCAUCCGUUGGGUCGCAAGUUCUCAUGCUGCCUUCUUCUCAACUCGAGUCAUCGAUGCCGCCCCCCGGCCCCUUGCUUCUAGAGUCUAAUGGCAAGGAAGUCACGCUCUCCAAGGUCUUUCGUCUCUACACGGACACCUACAGUGACUUUGUCCACGGAAUCUACGAAUCCAACGGGACUUAUAAGGUCCUCGGCUUGACCGAUACUGAUUGGGGUUACCCCUUAGUCCCAGUCCCAUCCCGCCUCUACAGUGAGGCCGACCCUCGGCCUCUGGCCGGGGCAAGAAUCGGCGUCAAGGACAUCUAUGAUGUAAAAGGGCUCAAGACUACGCUGGGAAGCAAAGCAUGGACACAAAUGACCACCGAGGCCAAUGCAACCGCUCCUUCUAUCCAGCGUAUCAUUGACCUCGGCGGGAUCGUCGUGGGGAAGCAGAAAACCUCCCAAUUCGCGUCUGCAGCUCACGCGUGGGAGUGGACCGACGUUUAUUAUCCCCAGAAUCCCCGCGGUGAUGGGUAUCUCAGUUGCUCGGCGUCGUCCGCUGGUGGCGGGUGCUCUAUUGCGGCCUACGACUGGCUCGACUUUGCCAUCGGAUCGGACACUGGCCAGUCCAUGCGCCAACCGGCAGCGUUCUCGGGUACUUUUGGGAACCGCCCAUCGCAAGGCCUCAUGAUUCUGGAUGGAGUCAUGCCCAUCUCCUAUGGUGCCGACACGGGCGGUGUGUUUGCACGUGAUCCCCAGGACUGGGUGAAGUUCGCUAAGCUUUGGUACGACCCUUCGCUUCACCAAGACAGCAGCCUUAAUGGGCUGCCUGAGCUUGUGGUUCCGGACUCUCUGGCGUUCCCGAAGCGGAUUCUUUAUCCCACCGACCACCUUCCGCUACAAAACACCGCCGCCGAGACUGUCCUGCAGAGUUUUUUGGCUCAAGUCAAUAAGGCCAUGAACUUGACGGUCUCGAAAGUUAACAUCACAGAAGCAGUCGAGACCGUUACCGGUCGAGAUCUUGACAGUAUUCUGGCCGAUCUGAACACUAUCUGGACCUACACACAGCUCAAGGUCGUGGCCACACCUCUGAAUGCCCACUAUAGCCCUGAUUUCCCUUCCUUGGAUAGACCAUUCCGAAUUGCCUUCAGGAACUUCGCCCUAGAUGUCGAAGGACACACUGAAGCGCUUGACCGAAGACGUCAGGACUCGGACGCCUGGCACCGCGAGGUCUUGUUCAACACGACUGAGAGCUGCUCCGAGUCCGUCAUGAUCUACGACAUCGGUACGGGUGGACUUCCCUCCUUCAGAGAGGCUGAGUUGAAUGAGUCUCCCGGUGCCGCCCUUCCUCAAGGAACUGGAACUCGAGGAGCUGGUUCUGCCCUCGCGUCCUAUUUCGGGAGCGCAGACUUCACCAUUCCAAUUGGGCAGGUGCCUUACUACAGCAACAUUACUUACCGAGAGGAAAUGAUGCCUGUGACCAUCAACAUGGUGGCAAGACGGGGUUGUGACUUUGUUUUGUUCAAUCUCGUAGAAGAGUUGGCGAAGCAAGGAGUCUUGGGGCCUGUUGCUACUGGUUCGCGAACCUUUGUAUGA